CAUCAUCAUUUUUCGUACAGUCUGUGUCACAAAUUGUGAAAGGUGCAAAAAUUUACGUCUGUUCGUUUUGUGUAGUUUUUUCGUAUGAAAUCUGUGUUUUCAGUGCCAAAAAGCACUGCUUAUCCGUAGACCCGCGUCAGAGCACGAUCCCGUUCCUGUCUUGUUCUACCUGCCAGUAUCGAAAACGAAAGGCUUCGAAAGCAAAUCAAAAUACAACAUGGCUGACCGAAGAUCUGGCGGAUCGAGUCGUAACAAUUUCAACGAUGAAAAAAGUCCUGCCGAUAUCCCGCCUAUGUCGCGGUUGUUCAUCAUCUGCAGUAAAACCGUCACGGAGGACAUUCUGCGUGAGCAGUUUUCCAAAUUCGGUGAAAUUGAGGAGAUUUGGAUCGUCAAGGACAGGCAAUCCGGUGACGCCAAGGGGGUGGCAUAUAUAAAAUUUUCCAAAACAUCGGAAGCAGCCAGGGCACUAGAGGAUAUGAACGGAAAAACGAUCGGAGAUAAUUCACGACCAAUUAAGGUUUUGGUGGCAGCCAAUCGACAGCAGGGCUCCCGGAAGCAAACCGAUAACGAGGAAGAAAAAUACCUUCGAUUGUUUGUUUUGAUUCCGAAGGAGAUGACCGAGGAAUCGCUUCGGGACGAGUUCGGUCAGCAUGGUACGAUCGACAACAUUACCAUCAUCCGGGACAAGGUGACCAAGGAAGGCAAGGGAUUUGCGUAUGUGAAGUUCAGUCGCUUUACGCAUGCAGCGCGAGCUUUUGAGGAAUGUGAUGCCAAAUACAAGGCAGUAUUUGCCGAACCGAAGCCAUCCAGAAAUGCAUCCGUGUCCUCCAGUGAUAACUUUGUAAGAUUUGAAAGUGGUAGUGCUCCGAAUGGAUUCAUGGACGACCGUCGGGGUGGUAGUUCGGGAAUGGGAAAUUCGGGUCCGAUGAUGGGAUUCGGAGCAAUGGGUGGAAACGAUCGUCGGGGACCCGGUAUGAAUAACGACCGGGGAGCGAAUUUCGGUUUCACCAGCAGUGGAUACUCGGGACAGACUGCGAAUCCCAGCGAAACGUCACUCACAGUGCUGUGCAGUCCUUCUUUGAAUCAGGAUCAGCUUUGGAGACUUUUUGAUAUUAUUCCGGGAUUGGAUUACUGUCAAAUCAAUAACGACUUUAAUAAUCGCAACGUUACGGCUACGGUAGUGUACAACAAUGCCCAGUCUGCGAUGUACGCUCGCGACAAAAUCCACGGCUUAGAAUAUCCACCCGGAGAACGUCUCAUAAUACGUCUUGGUCAUGAAACGGUCAGCAUGAUGGCCAACAAUGAUCCUUUUAACGGAGGCGGCGCAAAAAUUUCAGAUCGAGACGCCUCGUUCUGCAGCGUGCCCCUGCCGCAGCCAUUGCCGAUGGCCAACCCGAACGCAGAAGUUGCCCAGCGGUGCUUCAUCGUGUGCAUUCCGAAGGCCCUGCCGACCAGUGUUCUUAAGCAGACGUUCUGUCGAUUUGGGGAUUUGAUCGAUGUUUACCUGUUGCCAAACAAAAACUGCGGCUAUGCAAAGUUUGCUAGCGAGAAGAGUGCCAAGAAGGCGAUGGAAACCUUGCAUGGGGCUGAGAUUCUGAAUGUUCGGCUGAAGGUUCUGGAAGCCGAAGAGCCAAAUAAUGAUCGGAGAAAGCGCAUGCGACAUGAAGAACGCAUGGAGAAUGAGUAAACAAGGAUACUACGAGGUUUAGCAGUAUUCUGGAAAUAACAUAAAUCAUCAUCAACCGGGGAAAUCUACAAGAAGGAUAAGAACUAUUUUACCACUUUAACGCUAGAGACGAACGAACAAACCCUACUACAAACAGUACUCCCACUACAUAAAAUACAAGUACCUAGCCCCCAGAUCGUUUCUGAAGAACUGUCAGAAAGAAGACCGCUUGGACUGUGCAAAAUAACCUACAACCACAAGAACAACAACAAAAAAUCAAAGACUUUGCUUCAAAAAUGCAUCGAUCGAAACGAAAACGUAAGAAAACGCUAUGGACCUGUCUGGACGUCAAAUUUCAACUGCACUCAACAACAACUACUAGAACUACACGAAAAAAUAAUAAGAAGCAUUGAACAUCGCCUGAUGACUUCCAGACUUUCAAGUUACCACUUUUCGGGACAAAGCUAUGCAAUGGGAAAACAUACUUUCCCGACGAGACUGGAAGAUGGUACAAACGAACGUGAAAACUGAGAAUACUGAGUUGAAGGAGAGUGAAGAGACGACCAACGGGACUGGAAAAAAAAAACUGUGAACGUUUAGAACACUUGCUGAUUCACGCUAGAAAAAAAAACGUACGCACCCUCAGUAACUAGGUGUGCCGCAUUUCCUGAUUACUUUCUUGCGUUUUCUCAUACGGCAGUUUUUUUACUUGACCCCGCUAGAACUUCUGUCUACCUAUCAAUUAGCCUUUUUAUUGUGUUUGUUUCGUUCCAAACUCUAUCUAGGAUUUGUUUUGUUAAUGUUAAUCAAAACUUUGAAAUCUAUUCCCUUUGUGCACCGUCAACUAAUCGUGUAGGAACCAUUUGAUUCGAAUAUUAUUCUUAAGAUGCACUAAUAUGUUUUAUUUAAUUGAGGUUUGCUCCAAAUUUAUUUGCCUGUUUGAAUCACAAGAAAAACAAUGAGAUUAUUUUUUUUUAAAAUGGCGGAGGCGAAGACGUUUUAACGACACUAUUGAACAGAAACGAUAAAUUCACUUUACUAGAAGUAUACUAUACCCUUCAGAAAUACAAUUCGACAUUAUCCUUCGCACCCUACCAAAAGGAAACAUUCACAUUCGUCAUACAACAAACAAACAUCAUUCAAGACUUUUACUACCUACAGAAAUAAGUAUAUAACAAACAAACGAUUCAUGUCAGAGAGUACAUUUUAACUUUACAACCUAUGUUUUUAUUUAUUUACAAGCUAAGAGAGGUAACUGAUUUUAUAUACCAAGAUUGAAACGACAAAGAUUUCUUUUAUUUUUUGUACAUUUUUAGCUGCUGCAAAUCAUCCAUUUUUUUACUAUAAUGUUAGUUAGUCUUACAGAUAUCACCCGUAAAGAUUUUUUUAACAGCUGCUUUUUACAAAAAAAAAUACCCUUGGACUUUGAACAAUCUUUAGCAGUUAAGCGUUAGAGUAACAUUUUCCCAUCAUACUAAUUCUCCCACACCGUAUUCAAUCAAGCAAGACAACAAUCCCUAAUUAAAUUGAUACCGUAAAACUUUUUCAUUGGAAUGCAGACAGCAAACCGGGUAAGAUCGCUUGCUAUAAAAGCGGAUUUUUUUUUAAGUUUUCGUAACGAGUUGCACUUUGUAGCUUUGUUUUAUUUUGUCUCAUCUUGAACAUAAUUCCUUCCACGACAAACGGGACAGUCUUACCCAAAUGUGGUCCAAUUGAAUAAUACAAACAAAAAGUAUAAUCUAGAGGUUUAACCAUAUUCAUAUAUUUACUACCAGUAAGAUCUAAACUGUAAGCUUAAUCACAUAUUUCAUUCAUCAAAAAGUAUGGUGAAAAAGUGCUGUGUCGAGUCUGCCAUUAUGGUGGUUUCGAAGCCGCACCCAAAACUCAAAACAUGGGCGUCGACAAGCGCCAGAGACAUCAACACUCUACUGCAUAAUUCAUUGAAGUGUAAUUCAGCUUUCUUCCUCUGGGUAUCCUGAAUCAUUUUGGUCUGUGCGAAAGUGUAUUAUGAUAUAGCUACUUAUAUACUAUUACUACUAUUACUUUUACCGCUUAGUAUGCGUAAGAGGGUAAUAGACAACAGCAACAUUUCAGAAUAAAUAAAGGGAAUACCACAACCGUUUUUAAUA